CGUUCAUCCCCGGCGCAAACGUUUAUUCCCGUUUCACUGAACGGUUUCAGCACCCGGGACAAGCAUCUCGCGCUCGCAUGGCAACAUGGCCACGGAGUUACAUAACCUUCAGGAGUUGAGACACAGUGCAUCUCUGGCCAAUAAAGUCUUCAUUCAGAGAGACUACACGGAUGGCACCGUCUGCAAGUUCCAGACCAAGUUCCCCUCUGAGCUAGAAAGCAGGAUUGAGAGGACACUGUUUGAGGACACAGUGAAGACGCUGAAUAAUUACUAUGCAGAGGCGGAGAAGAUCGGAGGCCAGUCCUACCUCGAGGGAUGUCUGGCCUGCCUCACAAUUUACCUCAUAUUCCUGUGCAUCGAGACACGCUAUGAGAAGGUGCUGAAGAAUAUCUCGCGGUACAUUCAGGAGCAGAAUGAGAAGGUCUACGCUCCUCGAGGUCUCCUCAUCACAGACCCCAUACCUGACUCAUCUUGUCCUUGCACCUGA